GCGAAUCAACAACGAGUGGGAAAAGAAGUCGAGACCUCUUGCCGGAAACCUCAAACCCAUACAUAGGCCUAUUACAAACCUCCUGUGGUUUUCUCCUGUUUGUAUUUAGAAGGUCAUGCAGCUGCAAUCUGCUGUAUAGCCUGAAAAUAAAGCCUAGAACAACAUUUAAGAUAUUGUUGCUUUUCAGUUGCAAGUAGAUGUUUUAUGCAAAGCUUUACAUUAAUACCCUACUUUGUGUAGCCUACAUAAUACCGCACCACUUAUAAAUACAAGGGUUGGGGUUUGUCGACUCGACACAAUUAAUAUCCACCUGCACUGUGAGAGAAACUUCAAAACGAAGCGGGGCUGAAUUUGUCGGAUUUAUUGAGAAGUUUGAAGAUGCCUUUGGAUCUUGGGAUGUACGACAGUCGGGCGGAUUACAAAUCCGAAAAGCAAUGCCAGAAAACCUCCUUUGCUUUUUAUCAAGCGGUCCGUGACUUGUUACCAGUGUGGGUCCUAGAGGACAUGCGGACAAUGGAGGUAUUUCACUGGGAGGACGACGGGAGAGCGUGCGCCUAUAGUCCUUCUGAGGCUUUGCUCUACGCUCUAGUGCACGACCACCAGCAAUACGCGAGAUACCUGCUCAACAGAUUUUCUGUGCAAGCGCUGGAAAUGCCCAGCAGAAGUUUCCGUUGCUGUCAAGCAUCCACAACUCCCCAUCUCACAAUUGCCGUACGGUACAAUCGAGUCAGUAUUUUGAAAAUGAUCUUGGACUCCACUAAAGACUUUACAGAAAGCGAGAAACAGAAUUAUUUAAACCGCCAUGGAUGUGUCCACAUUGACGGCAGCGAGACUGCGCUACAUCUGGCAUGCGACCUGGUGCGUCCCGAGUGUUUGAUCCUGUUGCUAGGUCAUGGCGCGUGUCCCUACGUGACAGAUCGCGCAGGGAACAACCCCCUGGACUGCCUCCUGAAUCAGAUCUGCCAGAGCGAGCUCGACAUGCGGCGCAAACACGUCUGCCUGGGCUACCUCAUUCUCUUCAUGCCAAAGCUCCGUUUUCAGAUGCGGAGUCAACUGCAAAACAACUCGGUGCUGUGGAGGAGCCUGAUUGGAGAGCAAGCGUUUUGCUGGCUCGCGGGAAUUUCUCCUCCAUCCCUCUUUGUACAAGCAAUGCAAAAACUGACCCAGACCAUCCCCACUGAACAACUAGACGCUCUCCCCGAUUUUCUGAGGCCUCCUGAUUUCAGACUGAACCAAGCUCAUGAUGACACAGAGUAAAAACCUGACGGUGUACACAGUUUGACUUCUUGUAAAUAGAAUCUUUAUGACUGUUGCAAAGACGCAUUGAUGCUGUAAAUAUGUAGAUUUGUAUCCACCGCACUUUAGAUUACCUGAUGUGUAUUGCAAUGA